AUGCCAAGAAAGCUUUUGAUAUUUGCUGGGGCACCGCUUAGCGACUCGCUCGACUGGUCAGACUCGGCCCUGAUCGACUGCUUCACCGAGCCCAUUGCCCGCCUCACCGGGCUCACCAGAGGCUCCCAGUGCCGGGAUCCGAGUCUGACAGCGUCUUUUGACGCCUCAGACCAUCCCGCAUGGCGGUCCCUUGCUCUUAAGCGCAGGCGCCUCGCCAGCGGCUUUUCGCAGCAGCCGGCGCUCGGAUGGGGUGCGGAACGUUUUCGUGCGGAUCCGGGCUUCUUCGCAACGGCAGAAGUCUCGUUCCGAAGCGACGCAUCGUCGUCUCGCAUGGAAAACAGCGAAGAUGGGCUCCACGACGGGGAGGGAAGCAGCAUACUGUUGCAGUUCCGUGAGCGCUCGCUCGCCGCCCACAAUGAUAUCCCAUCCUCGCAGCUGGACGCCCUCUGCAGCGAGGAGGCGUCCUUCGCCACCGACGCCACGACGUCCUUCGUCAGCAAUAGCACCCAGGAGGGGUCUUCGGUCGUGAGCGACGAGAGUCAGCCUCCACCGCCUCCGCCACCACUCUACGCAGGGGUAGGGGCCACCGCCCAGCUUCAUAAUCUUGACAAUCUCCCCAGCGCUGAGCACCUGGCGAGCAUCGAACCGCAGACCAUGACGGUAAACAUCAUCGUCGGUAUCAUCUCCAUAUUGCCCAAACGUACUGUUUGGACUCGCUGGGGCGGCAGGUCCCUCGUGGAAGUACUGGUGGGCGACGAGACGCGGGCUGGGUUCAGCAUCACCUUUUGGCUGCCACCAUCAGGCGGCCCAAGCCCACUAGACGGCCUCCGGGUGCAGGAUGUCGUGCUGAUGCGCAAUGUGGCCCUGGGAUCCUUCAUGCGCAAAGUCUACGGCCAUGGACUACGGCGAGAUCUUACCAAGAUACACCUACUUCAUCGCAGGAAGCUGGACGCCGAUGACAUUGGUGGACACUAUUCGACCGCGGACCUUCAGGGACUGUCCGGGCCGCCACACAACCAUCUGCACCCACAGCUCCUGAAGGCUCGGAGGGUAAGAGAAUGGGUCAUCAGGUUCGUUGGCGCUGGCGUCGUGCCGGCUUUGGGCCAGGGGAGAAAAAGGGAGGGGAGGCGCCGGCGUUGGGAUGUGCCACCCGCAGACGAAACGCUGUGA